UGUGGCCUUCCACGUCGCGACUGCCCACCAGGUCCACCAGGUCCACCUGGAGUGCCUGGGCGGCCAGGACUCAUCGGUGCAGACGGCGCAGCAGGAUCCCCUGGCCUGCCAGGUUUGAGGACACCAGGGCCACCUGCAGCUAGACCGCAAAUCUUGAUCAAAUGUCCUCCCGGUCCGCCAGGUUUACCGGGAGCACCUGGAAUACCUGGUCCAGCCGGUCGUCCGGGACAGCCAGGUAAACGAGGCGCGGUAGGAGCUGAGGGAGAGCGAGGUGAACGUGGUGAGCCAGGAGACCAGGGAGAACCUGGUAGGAAUGGACAGGAUGGCAUGGAUGGCCCACCAGGACGAGAUUGCUUCACAGGUGUCGGCAUCCCAGGUCCUCCUGGCAGACAUGGUCUGCAAGGUGAACCCGGUCGACCCGGUAAACCUGGUGCAAUGGGCAGUUAUGGGGAGCCUGGUCAAGAAGGUAUUCAAGGUGCUCCUGGUUUGGAUGGUUCCUACGGACUGCCCGGUGCUCUUGGACUGCCUGGUGCUGCCGGANUUCCUGGUGAUGACGGUGGUUAUUGUGAUUGUCCAAAAAAGACGAAAUCGAAGAAGAAACAUCGUCGAAGGCGUGCAUAG